GAACGAUACACACAACCUGUCCGGCAUGCACCGUGUCCGCGUACUCACGGUGCCGUACAUCUGACCGACUGGUACCAGUACGGUACCAGUUGCCCUGCAGCCAGGCAGCUGCGCGCGCGUACUCGUCUCGUCCAAAGGAUCGCGAUCGCGUUGUCGAUCCUGUGAAUAUCAUUCAUACAGUGUCCUAUAUAUAUCUCUACAUAUUUUAUGAUUAAACUGAGGAUUUUUAUGCAUUUAUAGGAAAUUUGAAACUGUAAAAUUAUACAGAAUGCACAUAAUAUGAAAGAAUACAUAAACAACUCAAAAUAUAGUGCUUCCUAUGAUACUUGUUUACUUAUAGGAGUAGUAAGUUAAAAGAUCGGAAGCUGAAGUGUUGUUUCAAACAUACCGAGGAAUUCAGUGAUUGCUGGCGGGAACUAUCUGGUUGGAUAUUGAGGGUCAGAGGAAAAGGGUCGACCAACGUAUCUCAUUAGUGGAGCGGUCGCUUACUCGCUCAUUGGGAGACGCGUGAGAGACGUGUUGGUUGUGGCAGGUCACGAGGAACGGGUCUUAAGAUGGCCUACAUUAUCCGGCCUUAUCGGUGAGAGAAGCGGCGUGGCGGUUCUGUCGAGAAAGAAACAAGGAGAGGAGGACAAGGCACGUGGCGAGAGGAACGGUCGAGAUAAUAGCUGGACAGGAAGAAAAAUGGGACAGGCUUGGUGUAAGGAGAAGACCACGAAAGCUCAGGAUUCCAAGUCCUCUUUGGAUCGGGUUUUCGUGCGUUGCAUGCAUCGGAUCUAUCCUGGCUUGAAGGAGGAAGGAUCUGUGUUGGGUGGCGCCACGCAAAGAGUGACGAGCUCCGAAAUAGGGUACGCUGGUUCGCCGCCAAGGGAGCUUCUCACCAGGGGCAGAAGCAUAGAUUCCGUGGACAGGCUUUUUCAACCGAGCGACUGGGUCGACGUGAACCUCGAAGUGCCGAGUACACCGAGGGCAAGCUCCGCUCUCACGAAUUUAACCGUCGACACGAGCCUCUAUCCGGCCACCACCCCCACGUCCAGCUGUUCGAACCUGAAGGAUGUCACGCCGAUUCCACCACCCAGGCGCCGGAAGCGGAACAAGGGCAGGCCCCUGCCGCCGAAACCGGAUGAGAUCGCUGAGAAUUCGUGCAAUGGUCCAAAACGAGGAGAAACCGGCGAUGAACCGUUGUACUCAUCGGUCAGGUCACCGAAAAGCAGCGGAGACGAGCAGGAGAUGGAAGAGGAAGUGAAAACGGAUAAACAUCGGUCUUACGACGACGCAGGACGCGAUGGCAGAAGAACGAAAGAGAUUUAUGAACACAAGGUUAAUGGGACCGGAAGGAUAAUAUCGAGCGACGUGGUUUCCGGGAAGAGGAGUUUUGAGAGCAGCCAGCACCAGCGUAAGGAGAGCGACGAGUACGAGAAAUUCGUGAGGAAUCGGACAAGCAAGGAUUCGUCGACUCCUAACCGUGUGGAGAAGAGAAGCAAGAGGGAGAUGGAGAAGCGAGCGAACGAUUCCUCGAGGGAUCAGGAGAAAUCGAGCGGUAACGCGAGGGCCAAGAACUUCAGCACCGUCAGCCUGCCGAAUUACGACGAGUUGGAUGUGGCCAGGCAUCGGUUGAAGGAAAACGACAACCAUGAACAACAGCAGGACAAAACGAACAAGUGCAGAAGGCCCGUCAGAAGCAGCACCGGGUCGCUUCCGGCUGAAUCUUUCCUCUCGCCGUUUUCAGAUAAAACGAGCGUACGAUUGGAGGACUACAUUCCGAGGUCCGAUAGCCUAACGCCGUACGAGGUAUUGGAGAAGUUGGACUGUAGUACAAACGGGCUGGUUACAGACGAAUUUGUGAGAUACGAUCCGACUAAACCGGAAGACUGGGAGCUAGGUGACGUGGGUAACUGUGAACUGAAUCGUCAUCGACGUCUUUCCAUCGAGGACAUUACGGGGCUGAACGACGAGGAGAAGAAACGAGUUCGCGAGGAUGACGAGGACGUCGUUGAUUUCUCGGCCGGUCGGGAAGACGAAAGAAAAUCCCCUUUGGCGAAUGUUCCAAGAUCUCCGACCUUCUUGGAAAAGCCGGAGGCAUUUGGAAAAACAGCAUCCCCGGCACUCGGCCAGCCGGAGUACAUCGAAGUGGAUCAAAAUAGAUCUCACUUGAGGUACUUCGAUCAACCGAAGCUUACGGAUAGCUGCAGAAUUUCGUGUGUCCGGGAGUCGUCAGAGUCUAAAGAGCCGUUUUUCCUGGAUGAGGCGAAGCAUCGCUCUGCUUUGGCAGAUACGCUCACUGGGUCCAUGAAAGGGAAGCCAGAGAUCGAUCGAUCGGGUCAAUCGAGGAUGACGUUCGCCAGGAGCUUGUCAAAUGAGAGUGAACCGAACGAGAACACCUACGAAGCGAAAGAUUUACACAGCCACGCGACCAACCUGAUCAGGACCAUCUCAGAGGAGUCAUUGCCACGCGAGAUGCUGGAGGAAGAGCAGCUGGAUGAUUUCUUCGAUGCCAAGCUGGCUAAAAACGUCCAUAACAAUCUGAGGAAAAGUUUAGACGACUGGAAGACCAACACACCACCUCCUAGUCCUGAGCCUAAGAUCAAAUCUGACAUUUUAGACGCUGAUCACUCGACUUUGUUAAAAGUUCUCAAAGAAGAAAUUGCAGAAGAAAGCAACCUAAGUUCAAUGACACCAAGCCUGACAGAACUGGAAGCUGCUUUGUCAGACAUGUUAGAGAAAGAAGAUUCUCAGGAAGCGUCUAAAGAAGAAAAUAGAUCAAACUUCACCGACGAACAAGUUGUAAAGAAACUAGAGCCUGACGUUCAGAGGGAUUCUGAUACUUUUAACGGAAAAAUGGAUAGUUUGCCGAAUGAAAAUGGAGGAAGAAGUGAUUUAAAUGUAGUUGAUCAAAAGAUGAGGAAUUCUAAUACCCUUGAAAUUCCAACACCCGCGAAGCAGAUUGUAGAAGGGAAAAAACUAGUCUCAGGAAGGAAGGUUUCAUUUUGUUCUUGGGAAGAGUCUGUGGCGAAUAUGGAGACUCGGCACGAGCAAGAAUCUGUUGAUUAUUCACUGGAUCUAGAGAAAAGGAACGUUUUUCGUUUAGACGAGGAUCGAGGUACAGGCGACAGAAGAGCCAUUUCUCUGGAUGUUCCACCAGAGAAACCGAGCAGAUUGAAUAGGAGCUUGGAUGAUCUUCUCGAGAACACGAACGUUGUUCCUACACCUCCUAGAAGGAGGAACAGGAGUGUUGGUGUGGUCAAGAAGGAAUUUGAAGUGGCGCAAAAUGGCACCGUCUCGGAGCACCUCUCGGAUGACAGACUCAUUUGAUCGUUCUAAGUGAUGAUCUUCCAAGGACAUUUCCAGAGGAUGUUGUUACUGUUGGUGGAACUGAUGUAGCGUGGUUAUAAAUUGAAGCAUUUAGUGGCGGCAUUGAUUGAUAUACAGUGACUCACUGUAGUAUUGGAAUACUUGUAGAAAUCUUCAAUGAAUAUAUUGUACAGCGUUCAAAAUGUUUUGUAUUACGCAUACAAUAUGGACACAAAAGAUUUCUAGAAUAAGCGUUCAAACACUUUCACGAGCCAUUGUAGAUGGAACUAGGUUGGGUCUUACAGAACCAUUUUGAAUGUUAUGGGGGUUUACGUGUGUUCGUAACGAGUAUGAGUGAGAAAUUACAAUCAUGACACGCGCAGCGACUGAACAUCAAUAAAUAUAUUAUUUGUGUAUAUUUUGUUGUAUGUACAUAUUGCUAUGGACACAGAAUGCGUUUCACAGAGAAGUUGCUAUCUGUCGAUAUUGAUUUAAUUCGGUAGACAGUCUUUGGCGAUAUUUUACAGCGACCGGUCUACCAGAUGAUCGUAGCAAAACGUUGAUUAUAUCAAUUUCUUGCUUAUUUUUGUUUUUUAAUUCUCUGUAAAUAGACGUGUCUUCCUCAGAUUCGAAGGAAACAACUCUCUUAAUAUAUUAACAGUGUACGUGUUCGUGUACAGAAUGAACAUCUUAAAACGGAUAGUACAACUAAUCCAUAAAUAAGACAAAAAGAAGCGACGAGUGUUUUCUGUUUAUGACAUUUAUUUUUGAAAAAAUCGAGUCAAAAUUUACCCAGCACUUGUACGUUUGGAUAAAUUUCGCCCGAAUAAAGGUGGCACAAACAUAUAGAAGAUUAUUCCGCGAACAAACAUAAAUCAAAACUGUAUAACAAAUCGAUGGAACGUGCAAUGAUUCCAAACUGGUAAAUUUCGACUCUUGACCGAUUUUACAACCUGGUUUUAUCAGUUCCACCAACAAUAUACGCAAGAACGAUUGUUCAAAUCAAACAUUUUCGAAAUAUGGUUGCAGCUACUGCGAAAAGAGACGAAAUGGUGAAGAUGGACUUGUCGAUUAGACAAAUUGUAAUAUUCGCGACAUGUUCGACGAUGUUGACGAUUAUAAAUAGUUUUACGAAUUGUUGUUACUGUAACGUGGAUCGUAAUAAAGAUUAUGCCGCUCGUUUGAUUUA